ACCGAGAGGCACCGACCGACUGACUGGCUGCGUGGGGAGCCGGUGUGGGCGCAGCGGAGGACUUUCCUAUAAAAGCAGGGAUCCCACGGCCAGACGUGCUCGUCUCUCCGCGUCAGUCAGCGGCUCACCGGACCCGCUCCUCCCCGCCGACAGCUGCCUCCAUCCCCGCGUUCACAGUUCGGAACAAAAAAUCCUCCGGACCUCAUCCAAAAAGGAAAACAUUUUUGUCUAUGGUUCUGACUGACGCACCGACAAGGAUGUCCCGGACCGACGAGGUGCACCGUAUAACGGAGAAUGUCUACAAGUCCAUCAUGGAGCAGUUCAACCCCUGCUUACGGAACUUCAUAGCCAUGGGGAAGAGCUACGAGAAGGCGCUCACCAGUGUCACAUACGCUGCAAAGGGCUACUUCGACGCUCUGGUGCGGAUGGGCGAGAUGGCCAGCGAAAGUCAAGGCUCUAAGGAUCUCGGGGAGGUGCUCUUUCAGAUGGCUGAAGUGCACAGACAGAUCCAGAUCCAGCUUGAGGAGAUGCUCAAGUCGUUCCACAACGAGCUGCUCACAGAGCUGGAGAAGAAGGUUGAGCUGGACGCCCGCUACCUGAAUGCGGCGCUGAAGAAGUACCAGAUGGAGCACAAGAGCAAAGGGGAGAGUUUGGAGAAAUGCCAGGCCGAGCUGAAGAAGCUGCGCAGGAAGAGUCAGGGCAGCAAACACCCGUCCAAGUAUGGAGACAAGGAGAUGCAGUACGUGGAGGCCAUCAGCAACAAGCAGAGCGAGCUGGACAACUACAUCGCAGAGGGCUACAAGAACGCUCUGUCCGAGGAGAGGAGGAGGUACUGCUUCCUGGUGGACCGUCAGUGCGCCGUGGCCAAGAACAGCAGCACCUACCAUGGCAAGGGUAAAGAGCUUUUAGUCCAGAAGAUCCCGAUGUGGCAGCAGGCCUGCGCCGAGCCCAACAAGCUGCCGGACCGAGCCAUGUUUCUGGCCCAGCAGAUGAGCGGCGCUGCAGGGACUCUGCCUCCCGGAGCUCACCACCCCGGCAUGCCCAUCUCCGAGCCCAUCCCCGGUGCUAAACCUCUGCCGGUGCCUCCGGAGCUGGCGGCGCUCCGGGCCGGCGGGGCCAUGGGGCAACAGAGGCUGAUGGAGGGAGGGAUGCCGGUGAUGAACGGAACGGCCGGAGCCCACGGAGGGGACGACUACCAGCAGUGGAUGGAGGGGAAGAUCGCCCAGGGGAAGGCCUCGCCGCAGACCCAGAGGCACGGAGGGGAGGUUUACUCCAACACUCUGCCCGUCCGCAAGGUGGCGCCGGCCAAGGGCAAGACCCAGCUGACGGAGACCCGUACGCUGCCCCGGUCCAGCUCCAUGGCCGCAGGUCUGGAGAGAAACGGCCGAACUCGGGUCCAGGCGAUCUUCUCCCACGCUGCCGGCGACAACAGCACCCUGCUCAGCUUCGCCGAGGGCGACGUGAUCACCCUGCUGGUCCCCGAGGCUCGCGACGGCUGGCACUACGGCGAGAACGAGAAGACGAGGAUGCGUGGCUGGUUUCCAUUCUCCUACACUCGGGUGAUUUCUGACAACGAAGGCGACUCGAGGCAACUUCGAGUUCACAACCUCCACCACGGCAAAAGCAGCAGCACAGGCAACCUUCUAGAGAGGGAAGACAUGUCUCUGCCGGGCCCCGACUACGGCGUCCACUCCCGUAUGGCGGCUCCGAUCGCUGCAGCGCUGCACGGCAGACAACAACGCCCCUACAGCGUGGCGGUGCCAGGCUUCUCACAGCCAGGAGUUGAAGAGUACGAACCACGCUUCCCCACAAGAGCUGAACUGCCCAGCGAGCCGACCGUGGAGGCUCCGGCCAAACCGCCACUUUCUGACGAUGACGAGGAAGUCGAGGAGGAGGAAGAGGAGGAAGAGGAGGAAGAGCAGUUCGAUGAAGCUCACUACGACUCCGUGGAGAAGGCUUCGAUUCCUCCCGGAGAUUUCUGAUUCCUCCUUCAGUUUUAAAGCAGCUGCAGGUGGAUUUUCCUCCUCAGCUACAAGGCUCUCAUUCGGCCACAGUAUUAUAAUAAAUACACUAAUUAACAGAAUUAAAUACAACCAACAGAUAAAGUGAACUCUGUAUUAACCCUCUGAACCCCAAAACCUGCCAGCGGGUUUGAAAAUCUUUUAAAAAAAAAAAAAAAAAAAAAAAAACUGCCAAAAUUACACCAUUAAUCAGAGACAGAAACUGUAAAAACUGAAAAAUAUGCUGGAUUUCCAACUUUCCAGAAGUACUUGAACUAAUCUUGUGUGAUGCGCAGUUUUAUCAGGAAAAUUAGCCAAAUCUAAGCUUGAAAUUCCUCAAAAUCGCUUUAUUCUACACAUCUCAUUUUUAAAAGAAAUCACCAAAAAUAAACCAGAUUCUGUCAAUAAAACACAAAAUUAUCAGCUCCUCGGUACAAGAGACAGUCAGAUGAACUGCAGGCAGUGUACAUGCAAAGAGAGGAGACAAAUUAAAAACAUAAAUGGUAAAAUAUCUAUAGUAUGUAGAGCCACCAUGUUUUUCCAGUAUUUUUAACUCCUGUGGGCUCAUGGAAGAAUACUGGUUCUAAUUUAUCUCAUAUUUUUGUACAAUAAUAAAAGAAGUUCAACUUUUUUUCCCUUUUUUGUUAUGAUUUAUGGCACUGUAACUGUGUCAAGACAUUUCUGAGUUCUCUCUACUUCUACUCAUGGUUGUUUAGAGGUACAGGACUUUACAUUGGAGUGAAAAAAUGAACCUACAGUGAGGAAAAAUGAGAUGAGAACAAAAAAAAAGAAACACUCCGGAGUUCAGAGGGUUAAUUGAGACAUAGUGUAAAUAAAAGCUGGAACUGAUUUGAUCUUCUCGCAGUGAAAAGCACAUUAAAAAACAGAAGAACGUGAGAAUUUGAUCGAUUUCCACGGAGUUGUUUUUGAAACAGUUUUGCUACUUAGGAGCACCUGGCGUUUGAUAAAUAUAAGAUAAGCUGCGGCUCAUUCAGUUCUUAGAAAGACCAACGACUGGCUUCAGUCUGAUGACGUCUCUGUGUCUUGAAAAUCAGCUUCCUCCUCCCUGCCUUGUCAACUAAAGGGCUUCAAUGUUGGUAAGCUGCACUUCCUGUCAGGUGUUUCACCUUGUAGCCUCACCUGGUAACAAACUGCCUCCUCGCAGGGCAAUAACGCAGAAAAACAUCCAGUUUUAUGCACCAAGGAAACAGUAAAGGUCUUCAAGAUGGACGAACUAAAGUCUGAUUAUCAGCAAAAAAAAAAACAAACAUAGACUAGACGGAAAGAUCAAACUGAUAAGCACACUACUCAUAGUACUGUAUCUCCAACUAAUUGUAUACUCACAGGAAAUCUUAGAUUCUCUAAUAAAUGCUAGUUAAAGCAGCUCUGCAGGUGUUUGUACCGACACUGAUAAUACACUGUACUCAGAUUUCACUGAUUCAUGUUUGAUUCUUAAUGUAAGAUCUUCUUAAAGCAACAUUAAUUCAGUUAAGAUGAAAGGUCUCGUCCUAUUAGCCUCAACCUCACAGUUCAUGUUUUCUUGCAAAAAAAGCUUCUAUUAAGUUCAUGCAAAACCCUAAAGCUCCACUUUAAAUAAACAGCGGAGUCACUUUUUAUACUUGAGAUCAUCGCUCAUGCUGUGGUGGCAAAUAACUGCAAGAAAAAUAGUCGUUCUGUGGUCACUCAGUCUUGUUAUGUACUUAUACAGACAGUACUGGAACAUAGAUGGGCAUGAGAACUGAUAAAUGGUGGCUAAAGUUGUUGCUUUUUUUGCUUUUGUAAGAUAAUUACAAUUUAAAUUAAAUUUCAGAUGACAGUCUUGGGUCAGACAUCUCACUGUGUCCAUGCAGAAAUUAGGUUCUUUACUUUAGCUGCAGAUUUUCCAUCAGUCUUGAUGCAUUGAUCAGAAGUUUAUUCCAGAGUUUGUAGCUUUAAAUCUUAACUCUCCUGUAUGUUGUGUGUCAGAUUGACCCAUAUUAAAGUGUAAAAAAAGGUCAAACAAUUGUUAAAAAUAUUUUCUGUUGGCUUAAAGAGUGUAAUCAACAUAUAAACGGUUCAUUUCACAUAUUUGUACCCUGAACAAAAGAGGAGUCUAGUGUUAAAUGAUCAACUCCAUGAAAAGAAAAAAAAGGAUCAAAAUAUAAAAUAAAAAUUUUAAAAAACUAAUGUCAUGUAAAACUACUGCGUUUUAUAUGUAGGUCUUUCGAAUGUACAUUUAAAAAAAGUUUUAACAUGCAUUUUUUUAUGUACUAAAUAUUGAUAGAAAUGAUUGGUAAUGGGGUUAAUAAUGAGAUAUAAACAAUAUUUGUUGGGCUUUUUUUUUUGUUUCUCCCAUUUUUGGAUGAUUAAACAUCAAAUUGACCCAGGAACGUUGGUAGAAAAUGACAAAAAACAAGACACACAACGACAAAAAGGAGACACAAAGCAGCAAAAUCAACACAAAAUGAAAAAAAGAGACACAAAACGACAAACACGAGACACAAAAUGACAAAAAUGAGAGACAAAAUGACAAAAAUGAGAGACAAAAUGACAAAAACGAGACACAAAAUGACAAAAACGACACAAGACGACAAAAACGAGACACUAAAUGACAAAAACAACACAAAAAACGACAAUAAUGACAAAACGACAAAAAUGAGACACUAAAUGAUAAAAACGACACAAAACAACAAAAACGAGACACAAAAUGACAAAAACGAGACACAAAACGGCAUUAAGACUCUAAUAUUCCAUAUAUUUCCAACUUAAACCUGAAACAGACACUGACUUUUGAAAAUAUUUCGAUUCUCUGUCUCACUGGCAGAAAAUACAGAAAAUACUCAAAAGCACCAACAAACCUAACAGGAGGGUUAACUGAUAAAAAUAUGCAACAACCUUUAUUUACAUUAAAAAAGAGGCAUUUUUCUGCUGUCCGUACACUUUUUAGUGGCUAUAAAGUAAAUCCAGUUCUAUUAAUACAUUCAUAUCCCUUUUAAAAGGCUUCACAUCAUUUACUUUUGCUGGAUUGUGUUGAAAUUUAAACUUAACACCCACAAACUUCAAAGAAAAAUUUGCAGCUAAACACUUGUUUGUUAAUUGUUCUGCAAUAAUCCAAUUAGUAAUUAAUUAUUCUGCAACUGAAUGAAGAAUCUUCGAAUAGUUUGUUUCUUGCAGUGAGAUUUGGAAUAUCUAAACGUCAUUUGGCUCUACACCAGUAAAUGAGUGCUAUAUAGCUAGCUAAAUGUAGCUUUGGAGCUAAAUGUGGCUUUGGAGCUUAAAAAACACUUUUUUUAUGAUAUUUUUACCGUUUUUUCCAUAUAAUUCCUUGAAACCUUUGAAAGAGGAAGUUUUAAAGCGUUUAAAGUCAUUGUUUUCUUCAUUUUUUUCAUUAAUUUUGAUAAUUUUCUUUGAUUUUAAUAUUGCAUUGAGUGGUUUUAUUGCAUAGUUGAGUAUUAGCCCUACCUGCCACUUUAUUAAGUACAUCUCUGAUAUAUAACGAAUGCACUUUAUGCCUAUAGCUCAGCCAUGAAUUCUGCUUUUACAGAGGUUUCACAUUGUCAGAAAAGUGAUAAUUCUACUUUAUGUUGAGAAAUUUGAAGUGGAGCUUUAGGAUUUUAAAUGAUUUUUUUUGUCAAGAAAAUCCCGCCGUGAACUAGGAGGGUUUGGUGAGUUGCAGUGAAACGACCCACAAUCGACAGGAGAUAAACUUUGAGAUUGCAUAUCAUCUUCUAUCAUGUUUUAGAAAACUGUGAUGCAAAGAAACGAGCCAUCAGAGUUACACUGACGGAGGUUUUAUUAGUUACGUCCAACUGAUCGCUGUCAUUUUACUCAGAUUAUUUGGGUUUUUUUGUUUAGAAACUGAGAUGUGUAAAAUUUCUGCCUCCACCCCAGUUUAAUGGUUAAUGAAGUCGAGGUUUUGGUUGUUAAAGCUCUGAAAAAUUGAUUUCUAUUUUGUAUUAUUUAACUAAAUCUGCAGAGUUGUUGAAUAAAACUAGUGGAUUAUACAAUAUUUGCUUCCAAAUUAUAGUGGAGUAUAAAGUAGCAGACAAGUACCUUAAAAUUGUACUUAAACACAGCACUAGAGUGAAUAUAUUUGAUUGCUGUAAAAACCACAAAUAAAACUCCAUUUAUUUCUGUUGUUUUUCCUGUGGAGGCAGAAAACAGCACAUCUUAAUCAAGAUGAAACCAGAAUGUUGUUGUUUUUUUUUUUUCAUAAUCUGAGUAAUUCUUAAACUUGUUGCUAAAUGAGGUGAAUUCCACUUCACCUUUUAUGUAAUUAAGACUGGGGGUUGGGAGGUGAAGAAACACUGUGAUGAUUUUCAAGCUGAUUUGAACAUUUUGAAGCAGGAUUUAUGUGUGAAGUGUUUGUGAAUGGAUCUUCACCUCCUUAUAUUUUCUUACAUUAACUGCAGAAUAUUUUAAAGAGCAACCGCAUUUUAAAUCUUGUGAGGAGGAAAAAGCAUCUGAAAUCUUUUGGUUAAUGGGUUUAACAGAUGUGACCAGAUGUGGUCUUUUGCAUCCAGCUGUGCAGAAUUGCAAAAUGAGACACUACAGAACACGUACCACCCACUAGAUGGCACUAAAUCUGGACUUUUCAUCCUGGGUGUAGUUACUCUUUAAAAUAUCACAGCUGAAAACUACAAAAAUAUUUUAAGAAAAACACUUUAAUGGUCCUGUAUUUCCCAGCUUAUUUUCUAGAAACUUUUCACAUAGUUUCCCAAAAAUUAGUUGGUAUUUAGCUGAAUAUUUACAAGGAUAUUAUUAAGAAAGUCACACAGUUUAUUUUGUUAUUAUUGCUCAAAUCGCUUCUUGUUAUAACUUUAAAAAAAAGUGAAAAAUGAUUUAUGCCAUUAUCCAUGUGGUGAAUUAAGUGCAUUCUUACCUGUAGUUUUCAGCUGCUUUGGAAAUUCCUUAGUUUUGUGUUUAAAAGUAGCAUUAAGAAAAACUAAAGUAGUGCAUUUUAAACAAGCAACGCAUUACUUUACUUAUUUACUACCUGCAGAAAGUUCUUUAGAAUUCAUUAUGCUUCUCAUUAGAGUACUUUUGCAUUAGUUUGCAACAUCACCUGAGAUACAUUGUCAUCUAACACUAUAACUCUUACAUAUGUUAACAUAUCAAUACAAAUCCAUACCAUAAUGAGGACAUACACACAUUUUUUUAUACUCUCAAAUGAAAUAUUAAAUCAAAGCCGGCAGCAACGUUGGCGAAAACCAUUUUAAAGAGCUGUGGCGGUUGAUAAUAUUGCUGCGAAAUGAAAGUAAUAUGAUUUAGGAACUGUGAUGGAAAAAUUACUCCCCUUUCUAAGGUCAUAAUGGCUUUUAGACAGACAGACAGACACUGCAGGAGAUCAGGUAUUAUCUAUUCUGACGUGACUAAGCAGACUAGUUGUCUCCAUAUUGGUCUGUAAUGUAAAUCUGACCUUCUCCCAACUACAAUAUAAACCCAAAGAUCAGAGAGAAUCCUCAGAACUGAUGCUGGCAUGAACUGCUGCUCUACUGGUGUCUAUUCUCCUGAUAUCAGUAAACGUUACUCCCAACUGAAGUCGUCUGAGCCUCUGGUGUGCCUCUCUGUGUCUUCCUCAACAUCGCUGAACUUCCACAACAGGAGCUAUAAAGCCAAAAGCAAUGUCAUUACAGUAAUGUAGUACUUUUGAAACUCCAGCACUGUUUCCAACUGAUGUAAUGAUCAUCAAAUGUGCAUUUUAAAAUUCCAGUGGUUCGACUUAGAAGUAUCUCUACCAAUAUACAAUUCAUAUAUAAUGUAAAAUACCGAGCAUUUCUUUAAAAAAAUCAUAUAGAUAUAAGUUUAUGUCUCUUUUUUUAACUUAACAAGACAUAAUUUACCUUUUUUCUUGAAAAACAUGAUCAUAAUACGCAGGUUUUAGUGCAUUUCCUUUAUAAUUGCUGCUAAAUACAUGCUAAUGUGAGGAAGUUAUGAGAGAAGUUACAAAAAAUGAUCUGCUGAAUACAGGACCCAUAAAGUAAUGUGUAUUCUAACUGAUAAAACCUACGUUGAUGUAACUUGAGGGCUACUGCAAAACAAAUGUGAUGACUGACAGUCAAAACGAUGUAAUUAUGUGACUUGAUGGAGAACACAGUGUUUGUUUUACAAUUUAAUUUUGACAAUAAAGAAUCAAGUAUUUAACCAUA